AGACGAAGGUGGGGCUUCACACACACAAACAUAGGAGCAGAGGGAAGACGUUCGCAGUAAGAAGCUGAGUAAGCAGAGCUUUAAUGGUUUGAUUAAGCCUGUGGAGAAGGAGAAGGCUACUACUGCUCUCCCGCUGUCUGAGACACUAGAUGUGAAUGGUUUUGGCUGGUAAAGUCUGUGUGACCUGAUGUAGAUGUGAUUUCAGCACCAUGAAUCUGUGUGAGGACAGGGAGGAGGGAGCCCCUCCCUCUAAAACCAGUCUGUGUUGGGACCCUGAGAGCCAGAACAAAGCUCAGAGGUUCUAUGAGAAAAAAGAUCCUACUGAACCUGAUACCAGCUGUGUGUCCUUAAAGAGCACCAACUCCAAGGAACUUGGUAUUAUUUUUAAAGACCAACCUGCAUCUGACCCAGUAGUGGACCUGCAGAGCUCAGAGGUUCCCAGUGCUCAGUCUGUCCAGCAGCACCAAACACACCUGGACUCCAUAUUUAUGCUGCUGGAGGAAAACAUGGUCAUGUUUGUGAAGAAGGAACUGAAGAAGAUCCAGAAGGUUCUGAGUCCAGAUUACCCAGAAUGCUUAGAGAGUCAGAGGGAGGAUGAGGAGGAGUUGGAUGUUGAGGAUGAAGAGCAGAGGAGGAGCAGCACAGACGCAUUUCUGAAGAUCACAGUGAACUUCCUGAGGAGGAUGAAGCAGGAGGAGCUGGCUGACUGUCUGCAGAGCAGAUCUUCUGCUCCAGUUUGUCAGCGCCAACUAAAGUCUAAUUUGAAGCAGAAGUUCCAGUGUGUCUUUGAAGGCAUCGCUAAAGCAGGAAACCAAACCCUUCUGAACCAGAUCUACACAGAGCUCUACAUCACAGAGGGAGGAACUGGAGAGGUCAACGAUGAACAUGAGGUCAGACACAUUGAAACAACCUCCAGGAAACAAUACAGAGCAGAAACAUCUAUCAGACAAGAAGACAUCUUUAAAGGCUCAGCUGGAAGAGAUGGAGCCAUCAGAAGAGUGAUGACAAAGGGAGUGGCUGGCAUUGGGAAAACAGUCCUAACACAGAAGUUCACACUGGACUGGGCUGAAGACAAAGCCAACCAGGACAUAGACUUCACAUUUCCAUUCACCUUCAGAGAGCUGAAUGUGCUGAAAGAGCAAAAUUUCAGCUUGAUGGAACUUGUUCAUCACUUUUUCACUGAAACCAAAGAGGCAGGAACUUGCAGCUUUGAAAAGUUCAAGCUUGUUUUCAUCUUGGACGGUCUGGAUGAGUGUCGACUUCCUCUGGACUUCAACAAGACUAAAACCCUGACUGAUGUCACAGAGUCCACCUCAGUGGAUGUGCUGCUGACAAACCUGAUCAGGGGUAACCUGCUUCCCUCUGCUCGCCUCUGGAUCACCACACGACCUGCAGCAGCCAAUCAGAUCCCUCCUGGCUGUGUUGACAUGGUGACAGAGGUCAGAGGGUUCACUGACCCACAGAAGGACGAGUACUUCAGGAAGAGGUUCACAGAUGAGCAGCAGGCCACAACCAUCAUCUCCCACAUCAAGACGUCACGAAGCCUCCACAUCAUGUGCCACAUCCCAGUCUUCUGCUGGAUCACUGCUACGGUUCUGGAGGAUGUGCUGAAAACCAGAGAGGGAGGAGAGCUGCCCAAGACCCUGACUGAGAUGUACAUCCACUUCCUGGUGGUUCAGACCAAAGUAAAGAACAUCAAGUAUGAUGGAGGAGCUGAGACAGAUCCACACUGGGGUCCAAAGAACAGGGAGAUGAUUGAGUCACUGGGAAAACUGGCUUUUGAGCAGCUGCAGAAAGGAAACCUGAUCUUCUAUGAGUCAGACCUGACAGAGUGUGGCAUCGAUAUCACAGCAGCCUCAGUUUACUCAGGAGUGUUCACACAGAUCUUUAAAGAGCAGAGAGGACUGUACCAGGACAAGGUGUUCUGCUUCGUCCAUCUGAGUGUUCAGGAGUUUUUAGCUGCUCUUCAUGUUCAUUUGAAAUUUAUUAACUCUGGAGUCAAUCUGCUGUCACCACAACAAUCAACAUCUAAAACGGCUGAGAAACGGGCAAACAAAUCUGCAGAGACACAGUUCUACCAAAUUGCUGUGAAGAAAACCUUACAAAGUCCAAAUGGACACCUGGACUUGUUCCUCCGCUUCCUAUUAGGAUUGUCACUUGAGACCAACCAGGCUCUAUUGCAAGGUCUGACGAGACAGACAGGAAGUAGAUUCCAGAUCAAUCAGCAAACUGUUCAAUACAUUCAGCAGAAAAUUUCAAAGUUUCCAUCUGCAGAGAAAAGCAUUAACCUUUUCCACUGUCUGAAUGAACUGAAUGACUGUUCUCUCGUGGAACAGAUCCAACAGUACCUGAGAUCAGGAAAUCUCUCCACAGAUAAACUGUCUCCUGCUCAGUGGUCAGCGCUGGUCUUCAUCUUACUGUCUUCAGAACAAAGUCUGAAUGAGUUUGACCUGAAGAACUUCUCUGCUUCAGAGAAGGUUCUUCUAAAGCUAAUGUCUGUGGUCAAAGCCUCUAACAAAGCUCAACUGACAGGCUGUAACCUGACAGAGAGAAGCUGUGAAGCUCUGUCCUCAGUUCUCAGCUCUCAGGCCUCUAGUCUGAGAGAACUGGACCUGAGUAACAACGACUUGCAGGAUUCAGGAAUGGAGCUACUGUCUGAUGGACUGAAGAGUCCUCACUGUAAACUGGAAACUCUCAGGUCAGAUCAAGUAAAUAUUUUUUUUAUGUACAGUACAUGGAUAAUUUUCAGAUGUCACACUGUUUACUGUACAUUAGCAUUUUUUUAUCCUGUACAUCACUUUCUCAUCAGACUGAGUGUGUGUAACCUGUCAGAGAGAAGCUGUGAAGCUCUGUCCUCAGUUCUCAGCUCUCAGUCCUCUAGUCUGAGAGAACUGGACCUGAGUAACAACGACCUGCAAGAUUCAGGACUGGAGCUACUGUCUGAUGGACUGAAGAGUCCUCACUGUAAACUGGACACUCUCAGGUUGUCAGGUUGUCUGGUCACAGAGAAAGGCUGUGCUUCUCUGGCCUCAGCUCUGAGCUCCAACCCCUCCCAUCUGAGAGAGCUGGACCUGAGCUACAAUCAUCCAGGAGACUCAGAAGUGAAGCUUCUGUCUGGACUGAUGGAUCCACACUGGAGACUGGACACUCUCAGGGUGGAGCCUGGUGGAGCCCAAUGGUUGAGGCCAGGUCUGAGGAAGUAUUUCUGUCAACUCAAAAUCAACACAACCACAGUUAACAGAAAACUUCAACUGUCUGACAUCAAUAGGAGGGUGACCUAUGUGGAGGAGGAUGAGCCAUAUCCUGAUCAUCCACAAAGAUUUGAUGAGAGACUCCAGGUGCUGUGUAGUGAUGGUCUGACUGGUCGCUGUUACUGGGAGGUUGAAUGGAGAGGAAAGGUUGCUAUAUCAGUGAGCUACAGAAGAAUCAGAAGAAAAGGAAACAGUAAAGACUGUGUCUUUGGAUGGAAUGACGAGUCCUGGAGUCUGUUCUGCUCUGAUGACCAUGGUUACUCUGUUUGUCACAAUAGCAGAGUAACACUCAUCUCGUCCUCCUUUGUGUCUAACAGAGUAGCAGUGUACGUGGACUGUCCUGAUGGUUUUCUGUCCUUCUACAAAGUCUCCUCUGACAAACUGAUUCACCUUCACACCUUCUACACCACAUUCACCGGACCUCUUUAUCCUGGGUUUGGGUUCUGUUGGCUUGGUUCUUCAGUGACUCUGCGUGUAUUGUAGAAAUGAAGUGUGAUGAGCGAAACGUUACGUGUCAUUUUCAGAUUCAUGUAAUAAAUACCUUUUUUUCGUUC